AUGCCGCCGCGGAAAAGCAACGCCUCGACGGCGGCGACUGACGCCAACGGCGAUGUUUCGAUGGUUUCGAACGCGUCGCAUGGACAUAGCAAAUCCGCUCGACAAUCAAGUGGAGGGAAGCAAGACGACGGCGUGAGCAUUGAUGACCUUCUCCUACCGCGCACGCUCGUGACUCGGCUUGCCCGAGGCGUGCUUCCGCCCAACACAUCGAUCCAGAAAGACGCGACACUAGCACUGGCCAAGUCAGCGACCGUAUUCAUCUCAUACCUGGCACACCAUGCGAACGAGCAGACGACGAAAAAGACGGUGGGACCACAAGACGUGCUCAAAGCGUUGAAGGAAAUGGAAAUGGCCGGCGUGAUGGAUCUAGGAGCCGUGGGCACAGAUGGUCGGUUGGGCGGCCGGCUGGAGCGAGAAAUGGAGGCCUACGAGGAGAUCAUACAGCGGAAGAGAAAGGGGUACAGGGAUAAAGUCAAGGCGCGAGAGAGCCUGGCUGGAGACGGCGAGGACGAGGAUGACAACCAUGGCGCAGAGAGGGGGGAGCCCAGAAGCAAAAAGGCUAGGAGGAUGAGCGAAGAAGAAGAUGUUGUCGAGGACGAGGAGGAGCGGUUGCUUGCGCAGCAGCUCAACGGAAUGCCUGAGGAGUCUGGGGGUCGGCAGGCAGAAAAUGAAAAGAGAAAGAGUGGCGAAGCAGGCACAGGCCAGCCAGUUGAGAACGGCAAGACAAGAGUAUCGGCGAAUGAGUCGGAUGAAGGCGAGGAUGAGCCUGCCGAUGAGGAGGAGGAGGAGGAGGAAGAAGAAGAAGAAGAAGAAGAGGAGCAAGACGAAGACGACGACCCGGACGAGGACGAGGGCGACCCAGAUGAAGACGAAGAAGGUCACGACACUGGUGAUGUUGACGAUGUCGAUGGAACGCAACGCCCCAAUGGAAGAGCGAGACCACUCAUGCUCGGACGCGAUGUAGAUGUCGGCAGCGAGGACGAGAGCGAUUGA